AUGGCCAGCUUCGCCCGCUCCUUCAAGCCCCCGGCCUCGUACCUCUCGCCCGUGCGACGCCCCGGCAUGCCCGGCCGCACCAUCAGCAACUCGUCGGACCUGUCGCUGACGUCCAACGCCAGCGGCCCCCCGGCCGACGACAAUUCGCGGGAACAGUCUGUGUCGGCGCCGGGCACGCCGUACUUGAGUGGGCCGGAGGACGAGCAGCGCGCCUCGUCGACCAAGAACAGCCCCGACGGCUUCCCUUUCCAUUCUUCCCGGAGCGCGAGUCAUAGCCGUCCCAUCGCCAUCGAGCUUCCCAAACUGAAGAAGCUCGCCUCUCCCUCGUCCGUUCGCACGCCGCCGGAGCCACUCUCCGCGCGGGGCGACCUCCCUGGAGGAUAUUUCCCCAACCACGAAGACCCCAAAAACCGCGUCCACCGCCCGCACCCCUUCACCAACGCCAACGACCCGCGCAACCCCUUUAUCCUCUCCGACUCGGCUGCCAUGCAGGCCGACCGCAGGAUGCCCACCUCGCAUCCCGGCUUGUCAUCCGCCAUGGCCGCUCCCGCCAACCUUCCCGUCUCGUCGUACCUGGCGCCCGGCUUCCACGAUGCGCCCGUGCCGAUGGGCAAGUACUAUCCCUCCAACUACGAGAGGAGCACGCGCAGUAGCGGCCAACGACAGGCGCGGCAUCCCGAGAGCCUGCCAUCUUCCAUCAAGUCGGACUCCCAGGUACCCCAAUACACGGGCGCCGAGACUCCCGAGGCCGAAACUCGGCGCAAGAUGCAGCAGUAUCAACGCGACAUGAUUGCGCAGGCCGCCAUGGCCCUUGGGGGCUCGUCCAAGGCGGCCAAGACAGGCGCCACCGUCGCCCUCAACGGCAUCCCACUGAAGGACUCGUGGUACACCUCGUCGCCGCACAAGCCCGCCUCGCCUCGCCUCGACCCCCUCGGCAGCCCCGGCCCCGUCACGCCCAUGGACCUUGAUGCGAGUCGCGUCAGCUACCUCGACAAGGGCUUGGACAGGCUGUCCAGGGACGGCAUGCCCCUGCCCGGCGCUCCCGUUGGGCCGCGAUCCAUGUAA